AUGACACUUGUUAAUGGACUCGGAGCAAAAACGUUUCGCUUUUUUUUAAUUAUCUGUUUCUUUGUAGGUGUAAAAUGUGGAGGAAUCCUGGCUCCUUCCUCCAGCGGCAACAUCUCCAGCCCGAACUUCCCAGGUCUUUAUCCAUACAACGUUGACUGUUCCUGGUUGAUCGUGGUGUCCGAGGGUUCGUCCGUGCUGCUGACGUUCCACCACUUUGAGCUGGAGUACCAUGCAGACUGCGCCUACGACUACGUCAAGAUCUACAACGGCGUCUCGGAGGACGAAGGCAACCUCCUGGGGAAGUUCUGCGGAGACGCCACACCGCCUCAGUUCAGCUCGUCCUGGAACAUCAUGUCCAUCAUCUUCCACUCGGACCGCCACGUGGCUCGCACGGGCUUCCUGGUGGGAUACAGGAAAGAUACGUGUGGCGGUGUGUUGACGGGAAUCUCAGGGGUAAUCUCCAGCCCAGGUUACCCGCUCGAGUACAGUAAUAACGCAGAGUGCUCGUGGAUGAUCCAAGUAUCCAAUCGCAGCGUCGUCACGCUCGUCUUCCUCGACUUCCAACUGGAGAAUAACGAAGGCUGUAACUUUGACUACAUCGCGCUGUUCGACGGACCGACGGUCCAACACCGUCACAUCGGGAACUACUGCGGAAACAAAGGACCGCCCAGCACCGUCUCCACGUCCAAUCAGCUGCUGGUCGUGUUUAAGUCAGACUUUAAUAUUGGAGGACGAGGAUUUAAAGCUCAUUAUUACUCGGCCGAGUGCCAGAAGGUGCUGAAGGCCAUCAGCGGGAAUUUCACUAGUCCCGGUUACCCCAACAUCUACCCCAACAACAUGAAGUGCCACUGGAGGGUGCAUCUGCCCCCGGGCUACAGGAUCAAGCUGUUCUUCCCACUCAUGGAGCUGGAGGAUCAGAACAGCCUGACCAAAUCCUGCGAUUUCGACUCCGUAGCCGUGUACGAUGGUGACAGUGAGACAGAUGUCUCGCUGGGACGCUGGUGUGGGGCUGAAAGGCCUCGGCCUCUGACGUCGAGGGCAAAUAAACUGCUGGUGGUCCUGAACACGGACCGGAACGUCGCGUUUAAGGGUUUUUCCGCUUCCUAUACCGGAGUCGUACCGGUGAACGUGAGCUGCACCAGAACCGAGUUUCAGAUCCAGAUCUCCCAGCAGGCUUUGCCGCAGCUGGACCGCGACAGCGUGUACCUCGGAAACCCGUCCUGUUCGGCUCAGAUGACGGCGACGAGCUACAAGAUCCUGGCUCGCUUUGUCAGCUGUGGGACUGCCGGUCAGAAACGUCAGAACAUCACCAUGUUGGUCAACACGCUCUACAUCGACUUCUCGGACGGAAAGCAGCAGAGCGUUCAGGAGUACGAGGUGCAGUGUGACGCGCAGAGGAAGGUGGCGUCGGUGAGCAUCAUCUCGGCGGAGGAUCGGAUCCGGAUGAACGAACUCGCCCGAAUCGCCGAGGAGUCCAAGAGCCAGGAGGGCGCUCAGAGAGCAGAGCCUGAAGCUCACGAGACCAGCGACGUCGUCUUCAUCAGCGUCUGCGUGCUGGCCGUCAUCCUCAUGCUCAUAGCCAUCGUGUGGCUUGUGCUGCUCUAGAUGCUCAGCCUGAU